GUACAAGGACUAUCCAGUCCUCCUCAACUCAGCGUAGAUGGGGAUGUGCUGAUUGGUGGAAUAUUUUCCAUCCACAACAAAUGGGACCAGCCAGCACAAACAUUUACAUCAAAGCCUCAUCAAGGAAAAUGCACAAGUUUGAAUCUCAGAGAAUUUCAAAGUGCACAAACAAUGGUCUUUGCCAUUGAGGAAAUCAACAACAGAACUGAUAUUCUUCCAGGCAUCAAUUUGGGUUAUAAAAUAUAUGAUACUUGUGGAUCUGUUGAAAUGAGCACUAGAGCUUCUUUGUCCUUAGUCAGUGGCCAAAUAAAUACAACGUCAGUGUCCUGCUCAAAACCUGAAACAGUUCAAGCAAUCAUAGGACAAUCAUCAUCUACCCCCACUAUUGCCAUAUCUGCUACAGUAGGACCUUUGCACAUACCUGUGAUCAGCCACUUUGCAUCAUGUGCAUGCUUAAGUGACAGAAAAAAACACCCAUCUUUCUUCAGAACUGUUCCUAGUGAUUAUUUCCAGAGCAGAGCUUUAGCAAAGUUGGUCAAAUAUUUUGGCUGGACAUGGGUAGGGGCCAUAUGCAGCGAUAAUGACUAUGGAAACAAUGGCAUAAGUGAAUUCAUCAGUGCAGCCAAAAAAGAGGGAAUCUGUGUUGAGUAUUCGAAGUCAUUUUUUAAGACAGAUACAAGAGAAAAAAUUCUAAAAAUAGUUGAGAUUAUUAAGGCUUCGACCUCCAAAGUGAUUGUAGCUUUUGUUUCAUACUCAGACUUUGGGUUUCUUGUAAAGGAAAUGGCUUUACAGAACAUGACUGGUUUUCAGUGGGUUGGAAGUGAGUCCUGGAUCUCUGAUUUGAAUACGGCCAAUCCUGAAUGGCAACAUAUUCUAAAAGGAUCUUUGGGUUUUGCUAUUCCAAAAGGUAAACUUAAUGGUCUGGGAGAAUUUCUGAUUAAACUUAAUCCAGAUCCUCAUGUAGCUAUCUACAAAGAGGUGUGGGAGACAAUAUUCGAAUGUCAGCUACCAACCAAAACAACUGUUGAGAUUAAACAAAUGUGCACAAGCAAAGAAAGUCUUACUCAUGUUCAAAACAUUUAUACAGACAUCUCAGACUCACGACUUGCAAAUAAUAUUUAUAAAGCUGUGUAUGCUGUGGCUUAUGCCCUGCAUAACAGUUAUGAAUGUUCCAAGGGGGACAAUGGACAAGCAGCUGCUAAUGUGUGUACAAACAUAGCAGAAAACCAGAAACCAUGGCAGAUAGUAAAUGAGUUGAAGAAAAUCCGUUUUACCACAACAGAUGAGGAUGUAUUUUUUGAUGAGAAUGGAGACCCACCAGCUAGGUAUGAUGUGCUGAACUGGCAACAAGGUAAAGAUGGUAAAACAGUAUUUGUUAAGGUGGGCUUCUAUGAUCCUUCUCAGCAAAGACAUCUUCAGCUGUCAUUUAACAACAUCAAUAUAGCCUGGGCCCUCAAUAUAUCACAGGUGCCGGUUUCAAUGUGUAAUCCAAGUUGUCUCCCUGGCACCAGAAAGGCUGUUCAGAAAGGAAAACCAAUCUGCUGUUUUGACUGCAUACCAUGUGCAGAGGGCGAAAUCAGUAAUAUAACAGACUCUAUAACAUGUAUCAAGUGCCCUCCGGAGCUGUGGUCUAAUGAAAAGAAAGAUACCUGUGUCUUAAAACUUGUCGAAUUCCUGUCAUUUCAGGAAAUAAUAGGAAUUAUACUUGUAUUGUUUUCUUUGUUAGGAGUAUCAUUCACCAUAUGCAUUGGUGUUGUUUUCUUUAUACACAAGGACACUCCAAUUGUUAGAGCAAAUAAUUCUGAACUGAGCUUCCUGCUGCUCUUUGCACUGACUCUGUGUUUUCUCUGUUCCCUUACUUUUAUUGGUCAGCCCUCUGAGUUGUCCUGUAUGCUGCGACACACAGUGUUUGGGGUCACCUUUGUUCUCUGCAUUUCCUGUGUUCUGGGAAAGACAGUAGUGGUGUUAAUGGCUUUCAGAGCUACACUUCCAGGAAGUAAUGUCAUGAAAUGGUUUGGGCCUCUACAGCAGAGACUCAGUGUACUUGUCUUCACUCUUAUACAGGUCAUUAUUUGUGUACUGUGGUUAAUAAUUUCUCCUCCUUUUCCAUACAAUAAUAUGAGCUAUUACAAGGAAAAGAUGGUAUUAGAAUGUAAUGUAGGCUCUGCUGUAGGUUUUUGGGCUGUACUGGGUUAUAUAGGACUCUUGGCUGUUUUGUGUUUUAUUUUGGCUUUUCUGGCCCGGAAGCUGCCUGACAAUUUUAAUGAAGCCAAAUUCAUCACAUUCAGCAUUCUCACAUUCUCUGCUGUUUGGAUCACCUUUAUUCCUGCUUAUGUCAGCUCUCCUGGAAAAUUAACUGUAGCUGUAGAAAUAUUUGCUAUUCUAGCAUCAAGCUUUGGUUUACUUUUCUGCAUAUUUCUUCCAAAGUGUUAUAUAAUCAUACUGAAACCAGAGAAGAACACUAAAAAGCUAAUUAUGGGUAAGGCCCCUGCUAAAUGA